AGUCAGUGACAGCGACAGUCAGCCAGUCAGUGAACUUGAGCAGACACAGAACUUGAGCAGACACAGACCAACAGGGCCUCUUCGUGCUGCCUCAACAAGCCAUGAAUAGACCACACACACCCGCAGCGCAAGUCGACCAAUCUGCCGGGUCUGCCGCUUACUUUGACAUCAACCCAUCGAUUCGCACGGCGCAUCAUGCACGCAAUCAACAGACACCGAUGGAUUAUGUCCAUGGUCACACCCAUACAGCAACGGAGACAACAACAGGUCAUGCUGGACAAGGGUUUCCUGGCUUCCCGCAGGAUAAAGCGUAUGCAUGGGGCGCGUAUCCCAAUGAUGCGCAAAAGCAACAGCAACAGCAACAGCAACAGCAACAGCAACAGCAGCAACGCGGCGCUAGUAAGACGCCUUCAAGUGGCUCACCUGCACAAGCUACAAAGCAAGUCCAUUCACCGCCACGACUAGAAACCGCAACACCCCAGCUAUCGCGCAAUUUCGAUCAAAUCUCCAUAGGCGAUGGCGACGGCGCACAACCAGGAACGGCUGCUGCUGCGGCUGCGUUACGAAAGAAUACACGGUUGCCAGUCGAUUCACAUGCGCUGCAAGAUUUACUACGGCAAGCGAUGGAAUCGCCGUAUGGGUCACAAACGAGUAGUCGACAAACAACAUCCCCUACACCAUCACUCGGACCGAGUGUCAUGCAAAUUGGACCAACGGAGCUGGUGAAAUUAUUGAAUGAAGAUGGUACAGGGAGUGGCGCGGGUCAGGAUAUCUUGUUGCUUGACUUGCGCGCCAUUGCGUCAUUUGCCACAUCACGCGUCAAGGGCGCCAUCAACCUUGGAAUCCCUGCAACGUUGCUGAAACGGUCAAGCUACACCAUUGCCAAGAUUGCCGCUAGUGUUGCUGAUGCCAGAGAAAAAGACAAAAUUCUAGCGUGGCAAGAGACACGCGCUGUGGUAUUGUAUGAUAAUGAGUCCUUUAACGUGGGCGAAGGAACCCCUCUCUACCAGCUGGCACGCAAGUUUACGAAUGAAAACUGGCCAGGUCAAGCGUAUACCGUUAAAGGUGGUUUUGCAGCCAUCAAUAAAGAAGCGCCGGAACUGAUUGAUUUGCAAGUACACGAAGCAGAGACACAGGCUCACGAGGGUACGGGUUCUACAGCUACGGGCAAACCACGAUUGACGUUGAAGCAAAUGGGCAACUUUUCAUGUGCGUUGCCUACACAGCAAUCGGUAGCGAAUCCAUUCUUCAACAAUAUCCGACAAAAUCAAGAUUUGAUUGGUGGUGUAGGCCAACCGAUACCGUUACAAGUGCCUGAAGCGUCUGAAGCAGUCAAGGCAAAGUUGCCUGCAUGGUUACGGCAUAUUGCGUAUGGCACGGACGGUGCACAGCGUGUGGCGGAUCGAUUCCUGCAAAUUGAGCAGGAAGAACAGAAACGUAUGCAGCAUGUUCUUGGUGUGGGGAGCACAACGGAUGCGCUUGCUGCGCAACCAGCCCUCGGACAAGACACGAAGCAUAGUAUUGCAGCUGCGCUUGAGCGUGGCGAAAAGAACCGCUACAACAAUAUCUGGCCCUUUGAGAAUGCGCGUGUCAAAUUACAGGAUUGUGCUUCUUGCGACUACAUCAAUGCGAGUCAUUUGCACUACAAGGGAAGUGAUCGUCGGUAUAUCGCAACACAGGGACCAUUACCUGCAACAACAAAGGAUUUCUGGCAGCUUGUGUGGGAGAAUGAUGUUCGAACUGUUGUGAUGUUGACGAAAGAGCAUGAGGGUGGACAAGCCAAGUGUCACCCGUACUGGGCAGAUCCUGAACACAUGCUCCCAUACCGCUUGGAAACAUUGAGUGAGGAAACAGUACAGAGUCGGUUUGCGGUCGGUCAAGAACCUGUUCCAUUAACCAUUCGACGAUUCAAUUUAACGCAUGCGGAUCGACCCCUUGCUGGCGAGCGACUGGUACAACACCUACAAUUCACCGAGUGGCCCGACUUUCACGUCGUUGAACCAGCCACCAUUUUGGCACUCCUGCAAGAAACACACUUGGCUGAAUUUGCAGCGACGUCACCCGCUGUGAAGCGUCGGAAAUCGAUUUCAGGGGGUAGUCUCGCUGCGAAAGCACCGGGUGAGCGACCUGUUGUGGCGCAUUGUUCUGCAGGGUGUGGUCGAACGGGUGUGUUUUGUACAACAGACACAGUGACGCAACUCGUCAAGGAACAGAUUGAUCGCGACGAGGUACAUGAUGAGACGGAUCUGAUUGUCCUUGUGGUGCGUGCGUUUCGGGAUCAGCGGCUGAGUAUGGUGCAGACACUACGGCAGUUUGUGUUGUGCUAUGAUGCUGUUUUGCUGUUCAGUCUUGCAUACAUCAAGGAACGGUAUGGACUGGUGUGAGCACUGUGAGGAUAUGAUUGAGAUUGAGACAAGUGACGAACUUUUUUUAUUGAGAGACGAGAUAGUGUAUACGGCGAGCAGAGGCAGACAGCAUCAUUCAUGAUCAUUUAGUCGUUGGCCUUCUUCGAAUCAAUUAGUAGGGCCACUACCUACCAAACAGUCGUGCUCUGGUGU